UUUAAGUCAAUAUCCUCGGAAAAAGUUCACCGUUAUUCAUUGGAAUGGUAACAAAUUUAUGAACAGAAUUUUUAAUAUCACUGUGUACAUAUGUUCAAAGUUGGACUGGAAGUCAGUUCAGAAGGAAACAAAACCCUUUUAUUGAGUCUUGCCCGGUACUGCUUCUCACUAAGUAGCAACCCCAGAUAAGCCAAUAAUCUCACUAGAAUUAGUGCAUUUUAUUAGGGUGCUGGUAUUUGUUUUGAUUUUCGAAAGUGUAAAUGUCUUUGUAUUUAAAUAAAAAUUACAUCUAUCAAAAGAUUAUAAAAUUCUGCUUUAAUUGAUAUAUGAAUCAUAAAUAUGCAUUCAUAAUUUAUUUGUAAAUCGUAAUUAGAAAAUCGAUUGACAGGUGAUUAUCUCACCUCGCUGUAAUGCAACAAUUUGGGACGCGGUAUUCAAAAUAUGGGUCAGUUUAAAAAUAGAUGCGAUCACAUGAUCUAUAUGCAAAUACAUAUGAUCACAUGAUCCAAUCAGAGCAGAAAAUAAACUUCCGGUUGGUUUUUGAAACUUUUUUAUGUCGCCAUUUUUUAUGAAGAAAUCGUCUCCCAAAGUCAACGGCACGCUGUACCGUCCGUGGUGAGUAUUUUCAAAUGAUUCAAACACCUUUAAACAACUGUAAUUAAGACCUUUAAUUUGAUAUAUUUAUAAAUAAAAUCCAUCAACAAAUGACUUUCGCAUGUUAAUUUUAAGUUCAAAGGUCAUGAUAUUGAGCGCGUGACCCGAGGUGAGAGUUCGACGCCAUGUUGUCAAAAUUGACUCGCUGAUAACAUACGUUGGAAAACCAUUAACUUCAUCCCUAUAUAUACUAAAGGAGGGCAGCAAACAGUCACAAUGGACCCUUUGGAACAGCAUCGGUCACCAUUGAUGGAUCAUCCUGGACCAUUCUGUGAGAGCAUCAAUCUAUCAACCAAAGACUUGGAAACUAACCAUCUGUAUGCACUACCAGAUGGGAACCUAAAACAAGGUGUAGUGGUCGAACUUCACAAGUAUGCGAUGAAAAACAAACAGACUAAUGCGAAAAUAGUUGAGUGGAUAUGUUCCUUACAACCUGGUCUUAAACUUCAAAAUGUAAAUACAGUGAAAACGCGCAUAAACAGAAUAAUUGAAACUCAGAAAAAAUUUGACAAGAAGAAGAAAGUAGCUAAGUACAAAACUGUCACAGAAUUUCAUUGUGAUAGUUUGACUGUAACAGCUGUGAAUGGAGUCAAGAAGAGUCCUGAAAAAUCACCAUUGACUCAGACUGUGGAAAUUGUGAAUGUGGAAAAGACAGAAGUGAAAAUUCAUGCAAACUGUGCCAAAGUUGGUAGUGCUAAACCUGAGAAAUUAAUAAGAAAAAGCAGAACUGAUGAUGAAAAAGAAAACAAUGACAUUCAAUAUCAAAUAACCUUACAUCAACGAAAACUUGAUAAACUUUAUGAAAUGACGGACAUGCUAAAGGAAGAUGUAACAAAACUCCAGAAUAUCAAAGGUCACUAUUCUGUGCGAAAUGUAACGAAACGUGACGGAAUUGCUAUGAAGAAAAGGCAAGAGUUACGCGAAACAAAACAGCUCCUGCACAAAUACAAACAAACUAGUAAAAAGUUUCAAAUGGAGAAGUCAGACACGAGUGCUGAAUUGAUUGACUUGAAGUCUCUUAAUGAAAAACUUUUGGCAGAAAAUAGAAAACUUAAAGAUGAUCAGAAAAAGAAAGUAAAUGCGCAGAAACUAAAUAGUUAUUACAGAAGUACGAUAAGAAAGAUACGUGGAUGUCAGCCGCCAAAAGAAAACCAGAAAAAUGAAGUUCAGAAUGAAGAUGAUGAUGUUGAAAUGUUGUUAGAAAAUGAAAUAAUAAAAGACAAUACAAAUGCUACAAUGACAAACUUGAAAGAUGAUAGAGGAAUAUUUUCAAAUGAAUUAAGAAUGUGUAUAAUUGAUCUUUUUGGACUUGAGGUAGCUGUUGAAAAAAUUACACCAGCCAUACAGAUAGUUGCUAAACACCUCUUUCACUGUAAUAUUGAAGCCUCAGAUAUGCCAACAAAUUCUUCUGUUCAAAACAUUGUUGACGAGGGUCAGUUCUUAGUUAAAAGCUACAUAGCUGAUAGAAUAAAAAAAUCUGAAAGCUUUGGAUUAAGCCGGGAUGGAACAUCAAGGCAGAAGAGAAAGAUUUUGGACACUGCGAUCACAUUGGACAAUGGUGAAAUUGUCAGCUUAGGGUUUAAGAGAGUUGUUUCUGAGACUGCAGCCAAAAUAAAUGAUGUAACAAAAUCACACUUUAAAGAACUUGCGAAAGUAGAUUCAGACUCGCAUCUGAGAAAUAUUGAAGAAUCAAACUUUGUGGCCGAGUCUCUACAGAAAUUAGCGUUCACCAUGAGUGACAGGGCUGCUAAUGAAAAAUGUGCAGACAAACUGCUAAGCGAAUGGAGGGACAAUGAACUUGAGUUGUGCUCAAAUGAAGGCUCCAAAGCCACCGUACUUCAGUUCCAUUGUAUGGCCCAUGUACUCCUCGGCUUUCAUCGAUAUGCCUGUGAAGACCUGAAACAUGAAGAAAAAAGUUUGGCAGCGGACGAGCCAAUAGGUCGUGACCAGCUUCCAUAUUUCAAAAAUUGGUCGAAAAAGCAGACUGUUGUUGAAAGGGUUGCAUACACAACAUCUACAAUAUUUGGGCCAGCUGGUGACCACCUUGGCCUGAGGGACAGAUGGGAAUCUCACUGUGCUGCCAAGGGAAUCAAAUCCCUAAUUGGCAACUACAGAGACAAUCGCUUUAAUGGUCUGUUUCAGACAUCAGCAGAGAUUUUGUACCACUUGUCUGACUUUCUUUUGGUCAUCAAGACUGUUAAAUGUCCAAACAACAAAAUUAAAGCUGUUGAAGCUGACUUGGUAUCGCCAGUGGUACAGACCAUGCUCAAAGCCCUGACUGCAGCCUACAUCAAAGUGACCGGUCCGUAUUGGUGGUUGGUGUGUUCAGGGACGGUCAGAUAUCUUGAGUUGUACCCUUACAUUGAUGGACUCAGAAGUUACCUUUCAGACUGUGAAGAGACACCUGCCAACAUGUUAGAAAAACACUGGUUAGACCACAGCUGUGUUCCCCACACGAAAAAGUUUAGCACACUGUUAAAUAGCCCGACAAAUGAACUGCUCCUGAAAUUAAUCAGUGUGCUAUGUGGUGCAAUGCGACGAACUGUGGAGAAACAGCUGGCAGAUUUUCUUGACGGUGGGCGUUAUGCAGGGACACCAUCAAAAUCAGACCUACAAAGGACCCAUUUCUCCCACGUGACCAACCUUGGGUGUGAGCACCACUUUGGGGACCUCGACAGCUCCCAGCGAAGAAGGCCAAAUGCAUCAUUUCAUCACCACUCCAGUGUUCAGCUCAUAAAGAGGAAUAGGAGACAGCUUUUCAAGUGGUUGGAUGAAAAACCGGACAAUGAAAAGGCCACACUCAUGAAAGCUGCACGAAGUGGUGGUCGUGACUUGCGCAAGGCACAUAUGGCUGAGGAGAGUUUAGUCAAACGUGAACUUUUCAACACCAUGCUUUUGUUUCAGUAAUUUAGUGCUAUUUUAUUUCAAUAAAAUGUGAGUAGCAUUGAUAAUGACAUAUACCAUAGAAGAAUUAUGUUUAAUGUAAUUAAAGUUAUAAGCUUUCAUUGAAAUAAUUUCUUUUGAUAUUCCAGUUGAUUUCAAAAAAAAAUCUCAGUAAUACUGUUGAUUUGAUCACCUUAAUAAAAAUGUUCAAAAUAUGUAUUAUUUUUGGGUUUGUUUUUUCAUUUUUCUAUAUAAAGGUAUGUCAUAAGGAAUAAAUAAGUAGAAAAAAUGGAAAGAGGAGAAAAAAACACACAAGACUGCCAAGUUUCAUAAAUAUAACUUUGUUUAAACAAAAGUUAUGAAAAAAAUGGUGAAAAUUCUUGAAAAACGAGUUCCGCGACUCGCGAAUCGUUAUAUAGGAUUGUAUAGGGGCAAAAAUUCAUAAAAGCCGCCCGAAAUUGUUGACUUUAAAAUACCAUAACUUUUUUAUUUAUUAAGAUAUUUAAAAAAAUCAAAAUGUUCUGUAAAGGUCUUAAUAAGCUGCUUCCAAUGGUGUUCAUGAAUAAGCUAUAAUUUACUUUAAAAAAAAUGGUCUGGGGUUGCUACACUAAGCAUAAAAUGGGGGUCGCCUCCCUUUGGUGCUCAUAUUUAAAUAGUAUACAUUCAUACAACCUUCAACCCUUGUUACAGUUAGUGUUAUGUGAAAAUCUACAAUCCUGGAAACUAGAAGUAUCAACUAUGAGACAAAGAUUGC